AUGCCGGUUGACAAAGCCUUUGUUAUGAGCCAGCGGCCGUUCAAUUUCCUCGCUUUCUUCAGUCGAUGGCUCCAGGCGUUUACCGCCAGGCUCUCUGGAAGACAGAACUAUCGGCCCUUAGCGGAACCGGAAUCCACACAAGAACACCCAAUCUCAGUCGUCUGCAUAUCAGACACGCACAACUGGCAACCGGAGCUGCCAGAUGGUGAUAUUCUCCUACACGCCGGCGAUUUGACAGUCAACGGCACAUUCGAAGAGCUCCAGGCUCAGCUCACAUGGUUAUCCGCCCAACCACAUACUUACAAAAUCCUCGUCGCCGGCGAACACGAUGUCCUCCUUGACCCUCCAUUUGCUCAGCAGAAUCCGGAUAGGUAUCCUUCAGUGCCGGGACGAACAGUCUGUGACCUGAACUUUGGCAGCGUCAUCUACCUCCGAGAUUCCUCCGUUACACUACAGUUUCCAGAGCACGGCAAUGGGCGCGAAGUUGCAAUCCAUGGCUCACCGUCCAUAUCUUCCAGCUCACGUGCAGGAGCAUUUCAUGUUCCCCGGGGUACGGAUGUAUGGACUAGAGCAGUGCCAGAAGGCACCGAUGUCUUGUUGACCCACGAACCACCGUCAAAACAUCUGGACGGUAAUCUCCAGAGCGGCUGUGCGUUCUUAGGCCAAGAGAUCGAACGAGUAAAACCUCGUCUUGUGGUGUUCGGCCACGUUCAUGACGGAUACGGUGUGAAAACCACCAACUUUGACGAGAAGGUCGUCCCAGUCGUGGAAGAGGCGACUAAUCGCCAACGAAAGGGCUGGGGACCACUCUUCAGGGCCGCAUGGGAACAAGCGGGCCAUCUAUUUGAAUAUAUCUUCCCGGCAGUAGCUUCUUCAUCAACCCCAGAGAUUGAAAAGCCUAAGCCUGCCGUUACCACCUUAGUCAACGCUUGUCUUAUAGGCGACCUACUUGACGGGAACGACAACAUUAAUGAACCGAUAGUGACCCAUAUAUAA